AACUACAUAGGAGAUAUAAUGGGCAGGGCUGAAUCGAAUCCCCUAGCGACCGCGCCCCCUGUAAUGCAACCUUAUGCCCGUUACAUAUGUACAUCCAUUAUACUCUGAUUUUCCAUACUCAAUGGGUUCAGGGUAAACAAAGAAUGAAUAUGAAGUGAAUAAAUAGUUCACAGAAUGUUGGCUUCUUAAAAAAAUAAAUCUUUUAAUUAAUCGAGUCGUAUUUGCUUCAAUUGUAGAUCCUUAUUCUAGAUUCAAGCUUUGAAAGUUAUUAUUAAAAUAUCUAGCUAUAAGCUAGAGGAAAUACAAAUUCAUAGCUGUGCCCUCUAAUACAUAACUAUAAGAAAUAAAAAAUAAUAAUAAUUAAAAAUAAAUAAAAUAAUUAUGUAUAGCUUAAUUUUCAAUAAAAAAUUCGUUAUGCUUCGUCUUUGUAGUAAACUGAUUUGAAAAAUAUAUCAAAAAUAAAUGAUUCUUUCAAAUAAACAAAAAAUAUACAAUUUUAAUUUGGACUUUUUAAAUUUUUAGUGAAUUGACGAAUUAAUUAACAAACAUGUCUGUUUUUAACAAAACUCAAUUUACACUAAAGAGAAAGAGGAAACUGCUUCCAACAUUACCGCCUGAGGAAAUGACUCCCGAGGAUCGAGCCAACGCCAAUGAUAAAAAUGACAGUGAUAAAGAACUCAAUGAGGAGAUUAUACCUGCGCCCGUUCUUCCCGACAAAAUGCCAACAUAUUUUCACAUCGGUGUCCUGGCGAAAGAGUGCUUAGUGAACGGUUAUAAAAUCGGUGCUUGGCAUUUCGAUUGCACCACGGACAUUGGCGAUAAUCUAGCCCUGUAUAGCUUUGCCACCGGCAAACCGCAGUUCAAAACCGUUUUCGGCGGCGUGGGAGCCCGCGAGUACCUGGGGAAUCUCAGCCUGACACAGGUCUGGAUGACUGACGGCCUCGUCGGCAUGGUGGGUUUGGAAAACGAACUGUAUGGUGGGACGGCAAAUACAUUGCUACGAGCGGCAUAUGAACAGAACGAUAGAUCUGGUGUCAAGGUUGAGCUCCACUCCGGCUACGAGGUGACUCCAUUUAAGUUUCAUAUGAUUAUACCAGUUCUGAGGGAGCCCAAACUAAUGGGCUACGUGCUUCUGAACCCAUUCAAACAAUAUUUAUUGGCGUACCGCGCGGUCUACGAUAUUGAAAAUAAAGGCUUUGACAAGCAUGCGAUCGGCCUGGGCUUCUACAAUGGCAGCACCGAAUGGAGUCUUAAGCUUGAGAACUUCGAGGAUCUACGUGGCUCCGUAUUCCAGCGGCUGGGCGAUCGAUUUGCCAUUGCCGCCAAGGUGAAUUGUUAUAAAUCCGAGGAGAAGCAGUAUGCCAUCGGCGCACAGGUUACAUUAUUCGAGAAUGUCAUCAUUAAGGCGAAAUACCGCCAUGAUGGCUUCUUCGGUAUGGUCUAUCAACAGACUCUUAACGAUAACAUAGCGAUCAUGUACCACUUUGGCUUCGCAAUCAAGGAUCCUUUUAAAGGCGAUCAUAAAUUUGGUCUUUCGUGGAGUAUGAGGGCGUAACUUUCAAAACAUUUGUUAAUAAAAUACAUUCUGGUAAAGA